AUGUGCAACAGUCGUGAAGCUAAACAAUGUAUUUUUUCUCAUGAAGAUUUGGAGAUUUUACGUGCAGCAGCUGUAGAACUUCAGAAAAGCAUGGAUUCUACUGAAUUAACUGAUAUGCUGAAACGAAGUUUUAUGCCACUAGGCGAUGAUAUUAUUCAUAAUGAUUCAUCUGUAACAGAAAAAUCGGUUGAUGUGCAAGUUUUCACACCUGAUGCAUUAUUAGCAAAACUCGGUUCAACAUUUUCAUGUCAUCAACCUUGCAACAGUCUUUUAAACUGUAAUUACCAUAAAUGUACAAACUACUGUCAUUCUGGAAAAUGUUCACCAUGUUUGUUAGAUCCGGAAUGGUGCUUAAAUUGUCCAUGUGGGAAAACGCCUCUUUCUAAAUUGGUAUCAUCCGGUUCUUUACAUGGAGAUAGAAAGUCAUGUACUGACCCUCUACCUACAUGUCCGAACAUAUGUGGACGGCGCCAGCUAGUGUGUGAUCACCCUUGCCCUGAAUAUUGUCAUGUUGGUUCUUGUCCACCCUGUAAAUUGUCAAUUUCUUUAAAAUGCCGUUGUGGACAUACUUCUAAGACACUAACGUGUGAUGAAUUCUCUAAACUAACCGAAACACAAGAUGGUAUAUCAGAACUCAUAUGCGAACGGAUGUGUAAAAGGAGACUAACUUGUGGUCGGCAUAAAUGUAAAGCUAAGUGUUGCAAUGAUACUGUGCAUUCAUGUUCCGAAGUUUGUGGUCAUCGACUGUCUUGUCAAAUACACUAUUGUGAAGAUCAGUGUCAUUCAGGUCCAUGUAAUUCUUGUUGGCGGGGUGUAAUUUAUUCAGAAUUAGUAUGUCGUUGUGGUUAUACAGUACUACAUCCUCCACAACCAUGCGGAACUACUGCACCUGAAUGUAAUCAACCUUGUAAUCGUACGCAUAACUGUGAUCAUCCAGUUAGACACACAUGCCAUAAUGAGCCUACCUGUCCACCUUGUACCAUUUUAGUGACCAAAGAUUGUCCAGGAGGACAUGGAAUAAAAUUCAAUGUCCCAUGUUUUCAAGAUAUUCAAAGCUGUGGCCGAACUUGCAACAAACCGCUUCCAGGUUGUUCACAUAGUUGUCAACGUAAGUGUCAUGCUGGCCCUUGUCUUGAUUCGGCAGACAGUAAAGCUUUAUGCACACAAUUAUGUCAGAAACCACGUCCUGGUUGUGGUCAUCCCUGUGGUCUACCUUGUCAUGAAGUCGAUAAACGAUCUUGCAUGGAAGCUGCCAAUAACUGUAGUUCAAAAACUCAAUUACUUUGUUCUGCAUUAGUAGAUGUUGUUUGCCCAUGUGGAAAGCGCAAAGAAAGUCAGUACUGUCAUCAGGUUUACACAAAACAGUUCUUGCUUUUUGAGCAUGAACUAAGUGUAUCAGAGAAAUCAACAAUAAUUCGUCCGCUCCAUGCUAAUGAUAAUACAAUGAAAUCUAUUCCCCUGUUGGCUUGCAAUGAUCAAUGCAUUGAUCAUCCAAAAUCAGAUGUCAGUGAUCGUUAUGCUGAUACAAGUACAUGGAAAAGGGGAUUUGUGAAUAACUGUGAUAUUGCACCAUCUUACUCAGAACAAGAUGCUCCAUUUGAUCCUCCAGACUACCCUCAACAUUUAAAAGAAUUUGCAUUACGCAAUCUCGUAUUCGUUGAAAAUAUUGAAAAGCAAUUAAAAAACAUGGUUCUUGAAUUCUUGAAAUCAAAUGUUGAAGAAGUUACUUCGAAGAAUCGCACAGGUCACCCUCGAGUGGUUAACCAUUACUUCCCACCAAUGAAUAAGAAAAAACGCCGGUUUAUUUGUGAUAUUGUUGAAUUUUAUGGAAUGGAGGCAUCUGUAUGUGGUAUAGAUCCUAAUCGUCAUGUUAUGGUGAUCGCUAGGCGUGGUUAUUCUAAGUUACCUGGUGGAGCGAUAGAUAAUCGAGGCAGUUUGAUUAAUACACUUAAACGAGAAUUCGCGGGAACUAUUAAAUUCCCCGAUGAACAAAAGAAGUCGGAUAAAAAUGCUACACGCGAAUGUCAUAUAUUGCCUAAUUCAAACAUAUCAACUAUAUCUUAUGCUCAGAUUCUGAGUGGUAAGCACUCAGAAUGA